AUGGUGGUUGUUGUUCGGCGGUGGCUGUUAUUGGUGUGGGAUCUCGUGGUGACGACCGGCGGAUCUAUGCUCAUGUUAAGCCUCUGGUGUGGCUCUGUCAGCAGCUCCCAUUUCUGUUUUUGGCUUAUUGCAGUUUGCAGGAAUGGCGGUCAGAGGUCAGAGGCGGCGGCGGCUUCUCUGGCAGCUCGAAGAGGCUCCCGUGCUGCCGGAUUAGAGUUUUGCGUUGAAGUGGUUCGUUUUUGUGCUAGUCCUCAGAGAAGCUGUAGAUGCUGCUAA